CCCCCUGCGCCAACCCACACUGGGUCUGGUCCAAACUCUAUACAUUGAUAAGUCCUGCACCUCAACUUUUGAGACUUUGAGAGUGUGCAAUAAAAACAUGCAUAAAAAGUCUUUGAAAGUCAACCGGCUAUGCUAGGCUACAAGGUUUGUUGUUAGGCUCUUCGCCUCUUCCACCUCCUCCUUUAAAAGGCAGGGCCCGUUUGAAAAGUCAUUUUUCUUCAAAAAAUUUCAGAAACUGGCAAUUAGAACGGCAGCUCAGCAUCUCUCUAAUCUGAUCUGAAACCUGAAGAAUAAUGGGAAGAGCCCCUUGCUGUGAGAAAGUGGGCAUAAAGAGAGGGAGGUGGACGGCUGAAGAAGAUGAAAUCUUGACCAAGUACAUUCAAGCCAACGGAGAAGGUUCCUGGAGGUCACUGCCAAAGAAUGCAGGACUGCUUAGAUGUGGGAAGAGUUGCAGAUUGAGAUGGAUCAACUACUUGAGGUCUGACUUGAAGCGAGGCAAUAUAACUGCAGAAGAGGAAGAACUGAUAAUUAAUCUGCAUGCAUCUCUCGGUAACAGGUGGUCUUUGAUUGCGGGACACAUGCCAGGUAGAACAGACAAUGAGAUUAAGAACUACUGGAACUCUCAUUUGAGCAGACAACUCCACAAAUUCAAGAAGCCAGAUAGCGAAAGUAGUGUACCACCAGGUCCGCUGCAACCAGCGGCAGAGGUGAUGGAUUUAGUAGUUGAGCAUGGAGGCGGUGAAGUAUCAAAGAAGCGAAAAGGCAGUCGAUCCAACAUGAGGAAGAACAGAAGCAGCACUAAUCCAUCGCAACCAAAAGAAUUAGCGGGACCUGCUGCUGCAACGGUUCAAAUGCCCCGUACUCCAACUCUUGAGGAAGAGACUCUGUCUAGUGCAGUCUCUUUGGAAGAGGGAGGUACGAGUAAAUUCGUGGUUUCUAGUAGUCUUAUGACGGACGCAUGCGCUAAACGAGAAAGAAGACAAAAUUUGGCAAGCACUGGUACUACUAGCGACGAAUGCACCCCUGAAGUGGGAGAAACCAAGAGCAGCGUGAUGUUGCAGCCUGAAGGUGGAUUGAUGACAAGCGGUAGUGAUGGAGCUGUGGGGCUGGACAGCGGGACGUUUUGUCUUGAUGAGAUGAUGAAUAUUGGGGAUCCUGAUGGGAUUUUGACGUUUCACGGAAAUACGACGAGUACAAAAGAAACGUGUAGUGAAACGGCAGCCACUAACGUGGAGCGACAAUGCGAUAAUAUGGACCCGGGCUACUACACUACAACUACAAGAGCAUCAAAUAUUGUCGAUGAUCAGGAGGAAACUGAUAAGUUGGGAAAAAUGGACGUUUCAAACGGAAGGAAUCAGAUCGGCUGCACUUCUCCAGCAGCUCAUGAAGAUCAUCACGACGGAAAGCUUGAUGACUGGGAUGAUUGGCAAUGGGAUGAACCUGUAGUCCAAAACAAUCUCACCACAUUACCAGGGGAGGAAGCAGACUUGCUGUCGUGGCUCUGGGAUUCUGACAACAACAACAACUACCUGAAUUCAAGUGGGAAUUUUGACGAUGGAGCUGGAAUGGACGAUGAAAAGCACAAUGCUAUGGUUGCCUGGCUUCUCUCUUGAGUUUUCAUCUCUUUAUUUUAUUUUAUUCUUGUUCGUUUUGUGCUUUUUUAGGCUGAAAAAUAAGGAGGAGGAAAACAUAUAAUGUAGACCGUUUCCCGUGCAUUAAUUUUACCAUAUAAAUGUCUUGGAAAGCGUACGUGGCAGAUGAAGUUGGAUACAGUAGUAAUGAAUUCA